AUGAAGUGGAGCAUCCGCGGGGCCUGCGCCGCGCUCUCCUCCUGCCUCCUGCUCGCCUGCGCGCUCAGUGCCGCCGCCGUCGGCCUCAAGUGCUUCUCGCUGGGCUCGGAGCUGCGCGGGGAGCCGUUCAGGCUGGGGGCGGCCGCCGGCGCCUUCUACUCGGGGCUGCUGCUAGCCGCCGGCCUCUCGCUGCUCGGCGCCGCCCUGCUCUGCUGCGGGCCCCGGGACGCCGCCCUCGCGGGGCCGGGGCCGGGCCCGGCGCUCGGGGGCCCCGCGGCCCCAGCAGGGGCUCCGGAGGCUGCGCCGGGCGAGCCGGGGAGCGCAGCCGGGCCCUCGGGGCGGGUGAACAGCCAGAACCUGCUCCUGCUGGGCGUUCUCGUCUUCAUGCUCGGGGUCCUCAGCGCCUUCGCGGGCGCCGUGAUCGACGGCGACACCGUGUCCCUAGUGGAACGCAAGUACUCCCACUACUGCCUGCCCCCGCGCGCGCCGGCCGCGGCCCCCGGCCCGGCCCCUGGCGCGCCGCGCGGCCGCAGCACCCUGGACAGCGCCACGUCCGCCAAGUGCCGCCAGCUGAAGGACUACCAGCGCGGCCUGGUGCUUUCCACCGUCUUCAACUCGCUCGAGUGCCUCCUGGGCCUGCUCAGCCUCCUGCUGGUCAAGAACUACAAGUCCUCGCAGGCCCGGCGCGGCCGGCGCGGCCGGCGGAAGGGAGGCCGGGCCCUGGCGCGGCCCCGCGGCGGCCCGGGGUUCCGUGCGCAGCCGCCAGCCUCCCGGGCGCGGCGGGGCCGACGGGGUCGGCGGGGGCGGAGGCUGCAGCAGCGGCCGAGCGAGGCUUCCAUCCUGUCCCCGGAGGAGUCGGACUUCGCCGCCCCGGGGGACUGCGCGGGCUUCGCGGCGCACCACGCGGUCUCCUACAUCAACGUGGGCGUCUUCCACGCGUUUGACGAGGCGGGCGUGGAGGUGUGCUGCGGGGGGCACCCGUCUGUGGAGCUGCCGGGGUACGCGCCCUCGGACCCCGACCUCAACGCCUCUUACCCCUACUGCUGCCGGCCGCCCUGCGAGGCGGCGCGCCCCUGGGAGCCGAGCCGGGCCUCCUGA